AUGUCCGUCGAGCUCGACCCCGUAGAGCUUGGUUUCAAGCGACCCUUCCAGCACGAGGUGUCGCAGACCCUCCGCUUGAAGAACCCGCACUCUGACCCCAUUGCUUUCAAGGUGAAAACAACGGCUCCCAAGCAGUACGGCGCCCGCGAUACCUCUCCCCACAACCACUGA